UAUAAGGGGACGUCGACCAUUCUCGCGUCAUUAAGUCACAAUCGUUCGGAGAAGCUGCGUCACCUUUUUAUAUAAACGUGUUGUCCAUUAACAAACGUAGGACGGAUUCUGUGACAGAGUAACGUGUAACGAAGUUUCGUGAUCGAACAUAUCCGUAAUGCGCGAGUGCAUAUCAAUUCACGUAGGCCAAGCUGGCGUCCAAAUUGGAAAUGCCUGCUGGGAACUCUAUUGUUUGGAGCAUGGAAUACAACCUGAUGGACAGAUGCCGACAGAUAAGAUCGGGGACGACAGUUUUAGCACAUUCUUCUGCGAAACAGGGUCUGGGAAGCAUGUGCCCAGAGCGGUGUUCGUCGAUUUGGAGCCAACAGUAGUUGAUGAAGUACGAACAGGAACCUAUCGACAAUUGUUUCACCCAGAGCAACUGAUCACUGGCAAGGAAGACGCUGCAAACAAUUAUGCGCGUGGUCAUUACACGAUUGGCAAGGAAAUCGUGGAUUUGGUGAUCGAUCGAGUACGAAAACUAUCAGACCAAUGCACAGGAUUGCAAGGCUUUCUAAUAUUUCAUUCGUUUGGAGGUGGUACUGGAUCAGGAUUCGCUUCCUUGUUGAUGGAACGUCUGUCCGUCGACUAUGGAAAAAAGUCUAAACUAGAAUUCGCAAUCUAUCCUGCACCUCGUAUUUCUACUGCAGUCGUCGAACCUUACAAUUCUAUUCUCACCACUCAUACGACUCUUGAGCAUUCAGAUUGUGCGUUUAUGGUCGACAACGAAGCAAUUUUCGAUAUAUGUCGACGUAAUUUGGAUAUCGAGAGACCCUCUUAUACCAACCUUAACAGAUUGAUAGGGCAAAUCGUUUCGUCGAUAACAGCUUCGUUAAGAUUCGACGGAGCCUUGAACGUCGAUUUAACGGAGUUCCAGACAAACUUGGUCCCUUAUCCUAGAAUCCAUUUUCCUUUGGUUACCUAUGCCCCGGUAAUAUCAGCAGAGAAAGCAUAUCAUGAGCAAAUUUCAGUCGCUGAAAUCACUAACGCGUGCUUCGAGCCAGCGAAUCAAAUGGUCAAGUGCGAUCCUCGACACGGCAAAUACAUGGCUUGUUGUAUGUUGUACAGAGGUGAUGUCGUUCCAAAGGACGUUAACGCAGCGAUCGCCACUAUUAAAACUAAACGAUCGAUACAAUUUGUCGACUGGUGCCCAACUGGAUUCAAAGUUGGUAUUAACUAUCAACCGCCCACAGUUGUACCUGGUGGUGAUCUAGCCAAGGUGCAGCGAGCUGUCUGCAUGUUAUCCAACACGACAGCUAUAGCAGAAGCGUGGGCUCGUCUUGAUCAUAAAUUCGAUCUCAUGUAUGCGAAGAGAGCCUUUGUUCACUGGUACGUCGGCGAAGGUAUGGAAGAAGGCGAGUUUUCGGAAGCCCGUGAGGACCUCGCCGCUCUGGAGAAAGACUACGAAGAAGUCGGACUGGAUUCCGUCGACGUCGAUCCAGAAGCUUCCAUGGAAUACUAACGCUACUUGUCUUCGAAUUUCACUGUUUCUACAGAUAGAUCCUUACUCCCGUGCUCUUUCACCGUCCAACAAUUCUCCUGAUAUUUACCUUCAUUUAAUCCCUGUCCGUUAAUUGUGUAUUAUUUUUACUUUUACCGCUACGCUUGUUAAUCUUAUUGCAGUUAUUGCUGUUAAUAAACUAUCAAAACAGUCAUAUCGGUAUGUAUUAGAGAAUAGUUUGAAAGCUUGCGAAUAAAUGGUAGGUGUUGUGUA